UUUUUGUCAUUUUUGUCUGUUAGCAGCUGUCAGGUAAAGGUGCGAAAAGUGUGAAGAGUGAAGCUAUUUUAUCAAAUUGUGAAUUUCUGCAAAUUAAGCAAAUUACGCACGUUAAUUGCCGCGGUACUAGAAAAGUUGGGCACAGUACCAAAGUCGUGUCAAAUACCGGACUAACAAACGCCACAAUGAGUAUGCCGGAAACGACCGCUUUGCUAGAGUCGCUGGAGUUAGCCGGUACCAUGUUGGAGCGGCACGACAUUGCCGAUUGCUCGAUACCUGGUUUAUUAGAAGUAACCGGCAUCAGGCAAUCUGGAGUUGCGACAGCUAGUGGACUUAACGAUUUUGAUUACCAGAAUCUGUCCAGUUUGUCACUGGGUUUGAUAAACUUGAAUCAGCUUGCGACAGUUGACAAGAUACCGAUUCCGCCAGAAAUAAUGGAGCAUUUUAAACACAUCAAAUGCCACUGCAUGAUGGGUCUUUUCCCGGAAAUUGGGCGCGCCUGGUUAACUAUCGACUCUGAUAUUUACAUUUGGACCUAUGAACAAACACGAGAUGUGGCCUAUUUUGACGGGCUUUCACACUUGAUUGUAAGCGUAGGAUUAGUUGCCCCAAAACCUUGCGUUUUCAUAGCGGAUGUCAAAUACCUCCUGGUACUGACCACCCCCAUAGAAAUCGUGAUUUUAGGAGUAACUUUUGGCGAUUCGAACGCAUCUCCUAACAGAUCAAUCAUGUCUUCCACCGAAGAGAUGCAGCUACUAAACAAGCCAAUUUUUGUGCUGAACACCGAUAAUAUUGCUAUCACGUGCGUGGAAGGAACUGCUGAUGGCCGUAUAUUUCUCGGAGGACGUGAUGGUUGUUUGUAUGAAAUUUCUUAUCAGGCGGAAUCGAAUUGGUUUGGGAAGCGCUGCAAAAAAGUGAACCAUUCUCAAGGACUCAUGUCACAUUUGGUGCCUGGAAUAUUCAAGGUGUUUUCGGAAACUGAUUCCAUAUCGAAAAUAACGGUGGAUAAUAACCGCCGUUUGCUGUAUACGCUAACUGAGAAAGGUGCGAUAGAAGCAUGGGAUAUUGGUGUUGAUACCAAUACAGUCAGAAGGAUAGCAAGGAUUUCGCAAAGCGAUAUUGCGUCAGCAGCGGCGAAUAUUUUAAGAACUAUUGAAUCAUCUAUAUUUAAACCCGUCACUGCCUUAUGUACACUGUCGCUCGAAGAUUCACCGCAAUUCCAUUUGAUAGCCAUAACCCAAACGGGUGUAAGGUUCUACUUUUCUACUGUACCAGUGCUAUUCAAUGUACAACAUUCGCAACAACUCCAACAACAACCAGGCACAUACGAUCAGCGGCCACAAGGCCUCUACCUUCUUCAUGUUCGUCUUCCUCCAGGGUACACACCUAAUACAACAGUGGGGAAACCAAAGCAGGUUCACUCAGCUUUCUUCAGCCAAGGUUGUUUAUUAAUGGUAUCUACACCGCAAGCAGACCAAGAUUUGUUAUGGUCGCUUAGUUCGGAACCUUUUCCUUCUCGUCAAAACCUUGUAGAAUCAUCAACUGUUAUGACUAUGGAUGGACAAGUGUGGGCAAUUGCCGAAGUAAAACCUAGAGAUAAAGUAACUGUAGAGACCCCACUGCGAGCAGCACAGGUUCCCAACAGAGUGGCCUUGCUCACCAAUCAAGGCGUACAUAUUGUUUCCCUGCUGAAAUCUGUAGAUAUUCUACAACAGCUGCUGCUUUCCUGCCAUGGUCCGCACAAUGAAGCCGUCAAAGCAUACUUCCAGGUGCAAACAGAGCCACAGGCGUGUGCCACUAGUUUGCUACUGGCUUGCAUCGAAACGUUCAAAGGAACAGAGCUCGGAGAUUGGGCUGCGCAAGCUUUUAUUUUAUAUGGUGGUGAGCCUUACUUCGAAAUUGGAUCUUACAUGGGAGCACAUUCAACGGCAGCUCGACCUUUGAGCUUCAAUUCACCUGCCGGAGCAUAUGCAGAAUCACAACCAGGAGGACCCAGGAUGUAUAUGUCAACACCGUUUUCCGCCUCUAGACCUGCUUCAGCUGUCCAACAAAGCCUCAUGCAACAAACUCAAUUUCCUGGUAGCUCAAUGUCACCUGCUUUGAGCAACAGUUUCAAUAAUAACGUUCCUAUGACGGCGGAAUCAUCGAACUUUCACUACUCGGCCAAACACGCCGGCCUUUACCUGCAUAUGUCUCGUUUGUUGCGGUCGAUUUGGCGCAAACGGUGUAUCGACGAUAAACUUCAUACCACGAUCAGCCAGCAGGAUUGCGCCCAAAUUCUAGAGGACUUGUAUGCUAUAAAGCGUUUUUUGGAGUCGAUUACAUUGACUAAUCUGGUUGGAUUGGUUGGAAAAAACUUGUCCAAUCCUAGCUCGAUCGGAGGUUCCGGACCGAGUGGUUAUCUGCAUCAACAGCAGCAACAUCAACAAGCAAUGUCAGGUUUACCUGCUGGCAUUGGAAGUAACAUGCAGAGUUCAUAUGGGCAGCAAAAUUAUGGAAGUCAGAACCUAUUUACUGGACCCGGUGCACAAAAGAAUACAAUUGAGGAGGCGUUAGCCGAAGAGAAAAAAUCACUGGAUGCAUUGAUUCGUUUAAUCAAGCAUGCCUGUGAAGUACUAGCGUUGUGGAAAAUUCUUUGUGAGCAUCAGUGCCACCUAUUGGUGUCUAAGCUAACCAAAGAACAGCAAUCGAUUCUUCAAUCGUGUACAUUUCGUGACCUCAUUCUUUCGCGCUCCGAUUUAUGUGGAUUAUUGAUAGUGACUUUGAUAAAUUCCUACCUGAAUGAUAAUGCCAGUGUAGGCUCGAUCUCUUCAAAACUUCGUGAGGUUUGUCCUAACCUCUACCGUCACGAGGAUGCUGUUUCACAUAAAGCCGCUGAAAUCUUACUCUUGUCUAAAAGUUGCACUGAUACUGACGAAAAGGCAGACCGCCUUAAGACUGCCUUACAAUUGUGCAAAAGUGCUGCGCCUAAUCUUCCAUUAAGUUCAAUUUGCCAACAAUUUACCAAUGCUUCUUUCUACACUGGAGUCAUCGAGCUGUGCUCGAUUUGCGCUGCGAAGAGUGAUCCAAACGAAGCAGCAUUGCACUUCUAUCGAAACAAUGAGCCCAUGGAAGAUCAGGAAGGGUUCGUGGCAUUCCAGAGCCGCAUGAAUUGUUACAAGGAAAUCAAACUGAUGCUUGAACAUGUCUACACUAACGUUUGCAACAAUAAACCUAGCAGUAUUUAUCCUUCACUAGAGAGUGCAGAUCGGGAUAAAUUGGCCAAUAAUCAGCUCAUGUCGAUUAUCAGCCUGUCGUUACAAUGUCAAGACCAAUUGCUGCACAUUGCCGUAUAUGAGUGGUUGUUAUCACAUAAUCUUCUGGGUGAACUGCUAGAAGUCGGCGAGCCAUCUCUAGGGGCGUUCCUUGGCAGAGCUGUUAAUCGAACGCCAGAAAAUUUGGUGUUGGCUGAUUUAUUAUGGAAGUAUCACGAACGGAAUGGUCAGCAUGCAGCUGCUGCUAAAAUUCUUGACAAGUUGGCAAACAUUCCCAACGAAUCAAUGUCCCUGCAGCAGCGAAUUGAGUAUCUGGCUCGUGCUGUCAUGUGCAUGAGAAGUGAUACUGUUGGCUAUUCGGCCCAUAACGGUGUCCUUUUGAAAGAUUUGGAAGAUAAACUGGAGGUAGCGCAAAUACAGAAGCAAGUGUUCGAUGCAAUGUCAAUAAUUCCUGACAAAAGCUAUACGAACACUGCAUUGAAAAUGCUGAACUCAACGCUGUAUAACUUGACACAGCUGUACGCAGAUUUUGCAGAGCGAUUCGAACUAUGGGAAUGUAAGCUAACCAUUCUGAACUGUUCGCACCACAACGAUCCACUUUUGAUUGAAUCCGUUUGGACUCAUAUUCUGGACAAAGAACUGGAACGGCCAGACAGCAAUACCGAACGAUGCCGACGGCUACUAACGAAAGUGAGAAGUCUAGCACUAGAAUAUGAAAGCGCUGGACAUUGUUUUCCACUUCCGUUUAUCGUGCGCGAGUUGGAAUUAAGAUGUUUUCGGUUGAAGCUAUUUGACUCGCCUGUUCCAGAGGCGUUGAUUGAAAUGAAUCUGGACAUUGAUGGACUGCUUAACAUUUACGCACGACUGAUAUCCAUGAACGAGCGUGUUUGGGUCACAGACGAAGAUGAGUUGUAUCUGGUAAGGUCAACGGCUAAGUUACUAUCAAUAAUUGCUUCCCAACCAAAUUUAAUUCCACUAAAAGAUCGUCGAAAGGUUAUUGCGAAGUCCCAGGAUCUUAUAUCCGCUUGUUUAAGUAUAUUGUACACCAAACCUGAUGGCCAGCCGCACGUCGACAAUCUCCGUGAAACGCAAUCGAAAUUAAAUCGAAUCCAUUGCUAGCUGGCAGUUAGGUUUAUUUUGGGUGUUUGACGACUGUAGUCACAAUUAAUACGGUACAGUUUACUAACUUUUAAAAACAAUAUUUUGUCUCACAUCAUCCCAAUUGUUGUUCGACGUUACAAUGAAUUGUAUGUUUAGUAUAAAAGUUAUCAUGCGUUCCGAAUAAAAUACGCUCAUUGCUGUGCCAGUUUUGAUACAAAAUUUUAGUGUUUAAAUGAACCCUGACUUAGUUAUACAAAAUAUUCUGAAAUGGGAAACACGUGUUAUAUUAUGGGUAUUCAUGUCGAGCUCGUAUACAAAUACCCAGCCGUAAAAAUACUCACCUCCAUUGACGAGUAAUGGAAGAUACACAGUUUACGGCUGGGUAUUCGUAUACGAGCUCGAUGUGAAGACCCCUAUUGUGUUGAAUUACAAUUUCCACAAAAACAUCUUAUUUUUAUUUAUUAUGUAUGGUCUAUCAUUUUACAGUUAACCAGCUGAUAUUUACCCAAAAUAAUUAAGCAACGUUCUUUUCGACCUUCAAAAUUUUUAUCAUUUAUUCCUUAACAAUGAUACUGUAACAAGCGUUCAUUAAAAUAGAAGUAACUUUGAAAAAGGUACCUAACCAAAUGUUAUAUAACGGCAUACCACAGCGAGAAUAUUUAUAUAUACCUAAUAAUAUCAGAAGUACACAUCCCUAUAACUGUUUGUUUGCAUUAUUAAGUAAUUAAGCAGAAUUCUAAAUCGGUGACACCAAGGGCGAUGCCGGUAGAGAGGAAGGUAAAUUACAACCCACUUGACGAAUUACUUUGCCUGCUACCUUGCUUGCGUAUCGAACGCAAUCUAAUAACGUUGGCGCUUCUCCGUUUAAGUAUUUGUACAGGAAGCCUGCUACAAACGAAUCUCCGGCACCUACAAUGAAAUCGAUUGCAUAAAAUUGGAAAGCUGAAACAUGUCAAAAACACUCACCAGUCGUAUCAACGACGGCCUUCUGUGGCACUAUCGGCACCUGGUAUGUUUCAGCAUAGAACGCACUGCCAUUGCCAUGAUAAAACCUAACGCAGCGACUAGCAUCAGUUGCGAUAAUUAUUUUUUCCCGAUUAAGUUUGAGAUAUUUUCUU